AAAGAGAAAGAACAGAAACACAGAAAACAGGACCAGAAGCUGAAGAUCUGCUCAACUUCAGUCUUUCUCAUAUAAAACACUUCAGAUCGUCUUCCACCACAGUGUAGGGAUGCUUUUCCGCUCUAUUGUUGACAGAGGAGUGGGCAAACGGAGACAGAAUGCCCUCCCUGCAGAUCACUGGCACAGGUAUCCUCUUACUUCUCUGCUUGAAGGCUACCAUUGUGUCCGACAUGACGAACACAUCUCCUAUGGCAACCUUGGUGACUCUGUGCCCCCCUUUGGAUUAGCUUUCUCCUCUGCCGGGAACCUACAGAAUGUUCUGGCGGCUGCUAAUGAAGAGGGCAUUGUGAGGAUCUACAACACAGAGAGCAGAGAAAACCCACUUCUUAAAGAAUGGCUGGCUCAUGAGAACGCUGUCUUUGACAUAGCUUGGGUACCAGGGGAGCAGCAAUUAGUGACUGCUGCUGGGGAUCAGAUGGCCAGGUUAUGGGAUGUGAAGUCCGGAGAGAUGUUAGGCAGCUUCAAGGGCCAUUUAUGCAGCUUAAAGUCUGUUGCAUUCAUGCCACAGGAGAAAGCUGUGUUCUGUACUGGGGCCAGGGAUGGAAAUAUUAUGGUCUGGGAUACCAGAUGCAGCAAAAAGGAUGGUUUCUACAGACAGAUGAAACAGAUCAGUGGAGCACACAACAAAGCAGAGCCAAACCCCCCCACCAAAACCAAGAAGAGGCGGGGCAGCACACGUGGCAUGGCUCCCAGUGUGGAUUCCCAGCAGAGCGUCACGGUGGUUUUGUUUCGGGAUCAGCACACACUUAUCUCUUCUGGAGCAGUUGAUGGAGUGAUCAAGAUGUGGGAUCUGAGGAAGAACUACACUGCACACCGCCAGGAUCCGGUUCCCCUGCAGAUGUACCCAUAUCCGGGUUCUUGCAUGCGCAUGCGACUGGGUUAUUCAGGACUCGUUCUAGACUCCACAAGAUCCAACGUUAUGUGUAACUGCACUGAUGAUAGUAUCUACAUGUUCAAUGUCAGUGGGAUUAAAACAACUCCAGUUGCAGUUUUCAGUGGUCAUCAGAACUCCUCUUUUUACAUCAAGUCUUCUAUUAGCCCUGAUGAUCAGUUUUUGGCCAGUGGCUCAAGUGACAAUCACAUGUACAUCUGGAAGAUCUCUGACCCUUCACACCCUCCCAUGACACUCCAAGGCCACAGCGAGGAGGUGACAUCUGUUGCAUGGUGCCCUACAGACUUUACCAAGAUUGCUUCUUGCUCUGAUGAUCACACUGUUCGGAUCUGGAGGCUUCACAGGGAAACGGAUGGAGCGCAGUCUUCAGUGGGAGAGGCCAACCUUGUGGGCUGGGCACGUCAUAAGACUCCCUCGAAGCCUGAAAUUCAACCUGAAACAACUCCUGCAAAGACCCAGAGAGAGAGUCUUGGUGGUCUUGCCUCACCCCAGCUCGCGGCCUGUGCUCCCAGCGGAGCCGCCUUGCCUCUGCCCUCCAUCACCACCUCACCUCUCCCCUCCCAGGAAGCCAAAGCUGCUCGCCAGAGAACUCCAUCUUCUAUCAAACAGUGGUUGUCCCCGAGCCGUGCUUCUCCCACCCAGGUCAGCCCUCAGCCCCGUAAAGUUCUGAACCUGUGUCCUCAGAGCUUGGUGAGCAGCUCCUCUCCUACAGAACGACGAGCCAAACGCCGGCUGGAGACAGGUGAUAACUCACCUAUAGACUGCAGGACUGCAGAACAGUGUGACUGUGUAAAUGAACUCUAUCCCGCUGCAAAAAGAAGCAGGGUCCUGUCUGGAUUCUGCCACUCUGCUCAGGAGGGUGAGGUACAAACUGACUAUCCAGCAGAAGAUGGCAAGCAAGCAUCGCCAAAGCAGAGCGGCAAGGAGAAUUUCUCUCCAAGAGUGAUCAAUUGGUUGUCAGUGAUGGGUCAGAAGAUGAGGAAAGGUCAAGGAAGCCCCAGUACUCCCAGAAGUCCCAGUGCAUCCAAGAAACAAGAAGGCAAGGCACCAGCUUCACCAGUAAACAAGCAGACUAUCCGCUCACCACAGGCCAUGAAGAAGAUCUCCACAUAUUUCACAAGAAGACCUCUGGAAUGAACUGGUGCCAGUCUGAUGCUCUGCACUCAUGUUUGAAAAAUUGUAUAUUUUUUUAUGUGGGGUAUGUUUUUUUUACCCUAAACCAACGGAUGAAAAUCCUUUAAGAAAACUGAGCUAUGACAGGAUUACAUCAGUGCAUGAACCUGGGCUCUGUAUGGAGUAACAAAGCCUCAUUCUGAAUAUUUGAUGCUGUGUUUUUACAUCCCGAGAGGCAGCUUUUUAAUUUCAAUUGGGUCAUAGGUUUGUCAGUUGCCUCCUACACAAUUUUCUGGUGCUGUGCAGAAUUUCAGGUCAAAAACCGUUAUGUGUCACUGAGAAAUAUUCUCACUUCUACUCAAAACUCUCAGCAUGAGUUAAAGUAAAGCAACUACAUUUAUUGAGUUGUAAGGCAGGUCAACCAGGCAUUGAUUGAAUUAGUUCAUCCUGAUCUUUGAGCAAUGUCAUGAACUCCUUAAAUGUUAAAAGCUGCAACAAUUGCUUUUUCCUGUAUCAGUUUUGACCGUUUUUCUCUCUGUGUAUGAAUUAAGAUUGUGUUAUGUAAUUUUCCUUGAGCAAAUGCUUAAGCUGUUUAUAUGUACAAAAUAACCAAUGAUUGUUGCUUGGUUCAUUUGUAUUUAAAAUGACACUGGUUUGCUGUGGUCAGAUUUUAUUAAAUUGACAAUAGUUUUCAA